GAAGCGUGCCGUUCGUCGCGGGAAAGAAUGAAUUAGAUAAGUGAAAAAUGCUCGUGGUCGCCGAAGCUCCGCCUUAAUUUUAUCUGCGUAAGGCAGGGAUGUACGAAGUGGAGGCGCGCAAUAAAAGUGACCGGCGCUUUGGCAGGUGCUACCAGUCUCGGCUCCAACGCGGGACAAACCUGUUACGCGUUUGCUCUGAAGCUGACUCUCGCGACACCAAGUUGCACCGAGAAUCGUGGGAGAACGUGCUCAUUUUUCGGGUGUACACUAUUGUCGAAAGUGGACCGGUUAUUCUCUCCAUGAUAAAAAGAACUGACCAGACUACCAUGAACAUCGACGAGUUUCAAGUGCGCGGAAAGCAGAUGAUAGAGUACAUCUGCGAGUAUCUGCGCACCCUGGAAGGCAAGAGGGUGACCGCGAACGUGGACCCCGGCUACCUGAGGCCUCUUCUGCCCAAAGAAGCGCCGGCGAAAGGGGAGUCGUGGGACGCCAUAAUGCGGGACGUCGAAUGCAAGAUAAUGCCCGGGAUCACUCACUGGCAACAUCCGCGGUUUCACGCGUACUUCCCAGCCGGAAACUCGUUCCCCUCGAUCCUGGGCGACAUGUUGUCCGACGCGAUCGGCUGCAUAGGCUUCUCCUGGGCGGCAAGCCCGGCCUGCACCGAGCUGGAGACAAUUGUCCUCGACUGGUACGCAAAGGCGAUCGACCUUCCCCGGGAGUUUCUGUCCGAGCACAAGGCAUCUAAAGGCGGCGGAGUGAUACAGGGCUCGGCUUCAGAGUGCAUUCUGGUCACCAUGUUAGCGGCGCGCACUCAAGCGAUCAGAACCUUGAAGGAACAGGACCCGAACACCGAGGAUUCAGCUUUUCUUCCGCGUCUGGUCGCCUACUGUUCCACGGAGGCGCAUUCCUGCGUAGAAAAGGCAGCGAUGAUCAGCCUAGUGAAGCUCCGCGUGCUAGACCCAGACGAAAAGGGUUCGCUACGUGGCAAACGGCUUGAAUCCGCGAUCAGGGAGGACGUGGCGAACGGUUUGGUCCCGUUCUUCGUCUCCACCACACUCGGCACAACAGGAUCCUGUGCGUUCGACAAUCUGGUCGAGAUCGGUCCGGUUUGCAAACUGUUCCCGAACAUCUGGCUGCACGUGGACGGCGCCUACGCCGGGAACGCCUUUAUCUGUCCAGAAAUGAGGCCGCUGAUGGCCGGGAUCCAGCACGCGGACUCGUUCAACACGAACCCGAACAAAUGGCUACUAGUCAAUUUCGACUGUUCUUGCUUGUGGGUGCGGGACAGGGUGAAACUGACCUCGGCCCUCGUCGUCGAUCCGCUCUACCUUCAACACGCCAGGUCUGGCGAGUCCAUAGACUAUCGUCAUUGGGGGAUACCGCUGAGCAGGCGUUUCAGGGCGCUGAAACUUUGGUUUGUCAUGAGAUCCUACGGGAUCACUGGACUACAGAAGUACAUAAGGAAUCAUAUCAGACUCGCGAGACGCUUCGAGACGCUGAUGAGGAAAGACAAGAGGUUCGAGAUAACGAACGACGUGAGGGUGGGUCUGGUCUGCUUCCGGUUGAAGGAAAGCGACGAGAUUAACCAAGAGCUAUUGGCGAAUAUAAAUGCUUCCGGUAGGAUCCACAUGAUCCCGGCCCGGGUGAUGGGCAAGUAUAUUCUGCGGUUCUGCGUGGUCAAGGAGAACGCAACCGAUGAAGAUGUCGAUCACGCGGUGGACGUGAUCGAGGAGCAUGCAACCGAGGUGCUGCUCGCCCAUUAUGAGGGCACGGAGGACGAGUUCAGGGCUAAAGGACCUAAGAGUCCAGCUGCUCUGGACAAGAAGCUUGUGCGGAAGUUCAGCUUCACGAGGAGCGUGUCCAGGGACGUGUACAAACGAUCCAUAUCGAAAUCGAGCCUCCACGACGGCGCCACGCCGAUCAUGGUCGUCGAGGACAACUCGCAGGUCGACACCAUCGAGGAAGACGUUUUCUGUAACAGCAGGUCGUGACGAUCCCGAUGACGAUGAUAGCCGGAUGAUUCGUGAUUUACGUGAUUCGUAAAACGAAUCCAACCGUUACCGGCCGUGGGAUAUAGAUAUCGCUGCGGCUACGUGAAUACUGUCGUUAUUGUUGUUGUUGAAUCAAUUUUUGUUCGUCUGGGAGUGGCGCGUUCGAUCGUUGUUGAUCGGUGUCGAUCGAAAGGAGAUGCUGCGGAUGUUUCAAUGGCGGCAAGUUCGACGGUGUUCCUCGUUGACAGAGGAUUUCGUGAUUGAUCGCGAUGAUUCUCUUCGGUGGACGUUUCUUUCGUCGAGAUUAUUGGUAAACCGUUCGAGAAUUCGAUUUGCGGACGAUUUUGCGCAACGCAAGAGCGAUCGAAAUUUUAUUUUCAUAUUUGUUCCCGUGAUCGAGGUCGAUAAUCGCCGGUCACGGAGGCCGUAAUCGUUUUGUAAGCGACCGAUUGAUUUCCUCGCGUGUCGAUCGGAUUGGGAAAGACGUAAUCGUGCGUAGAGUAAGCAGUUUCGUUUGAGCCCGCGUUAACAAUUCCGAGUAUAUUAAUGCCGAACAUGUAGUUGCGAAAGGAUAAGACUUGCUGUCAAGUACAUCGAUUGAUACUUAGGCUGUUUAAUUGGGGGGACACUCGGUUGUUCGACGAACGAAUUAUGCAUGAAUGCAUACACGUGCAGCGUGGCGUCCGACCAGACCGAUGUAACUUGAUACACGAAUGACCUAAAAUUCGCGGAUCGAAUUUUUGUCAAUCGAUGAUAAUCUUAGCUUUAGAUUGAACACCGACGCGCGUACAUCAUUUUAAGUGUUUCACUCUCGGAAAAAUCGAACAGAGUAAAUCGUAUUAGCAUUGGAUCGCGUAUGGAACUUUGUCUGAUCAUGAUACCCCCCCGCAUAGAUUGUAAACUGAGAUAAUCAUUUCGUAUGUAAAUUUAGUGUAAUAAAGAUCCAAGUUCGUAAAGCAACUUUUUUUCAUUUGAUUUCAUUUAGAUCCAUUCCGACAGUUAUGGUGUGAAUGUAGUAAUUUGUAGAAGUGUGUAUCAUAGAAAUUGGGUAGUAGAAAAUGAAAUUUCUUAACUAGUCGAUAUUAGUAAGGAGUUAUACAAUUUCCUGGAGGUAAUGACAGCCUCGAGCCGAUAAUUACAGUUAGCCAUCAAUUUACCUGAAAAUUAUGUUUCAUUAAAGAGACUCGUUAAAGUAUGAUUAAAUCUUUCUUAAUGCAGAAAUGGAAAGAGGUAUUCAAUUAAAAUACCCUUUUUAAUCUUACAAUAUAUAAUACAAUAUUUGCGGUAUGUUUUAACAUACAAAUUCUAUAUAAAAAUAUAAAUUACAAUUAGCUAUUACAUUUGUCCGCAUUGAGAUAUUGUAACAGGAAUUUUUGGCUUAUUGUUUGGUCCGGUAGGAACGUUCUCCACUUUUCUCAUAACGAGAAGUCCGUCUAUUACUCUUCCAAAGACAACAUGUUUGCCAUCCAAAAAAUUACAUUUCGCACAGGUGAUGAAAAACUGACAACCAUUGGUGUCUUUGCCACUGUUUGCCAUGGAUAAUAAUCCAGGAGAGUCAUGUUUUAAUGUGAAGUUCUCAUCAGGAAAGGUUCCACCUCCGUAGAUACUUAUUACUCCAGUUCCAUCACCAUUUACAAAGUCACCACCUUGAAUCAUGAAGUCUUUAAUGACUCUGUGAAAAAUGGCACCUUUGAAACCCAAAGGUACUCCGUCCUUUCUGUAUUCGCCGGUGCAGAAUUGCCGAAAAUUUUCUGAGGUUUUUGGACAGACAUCUUCGAACAGUUCAAAGAUCAUUCGACCGAUUUCUGUUGUGCCCACGGACACAUCAAAAAAUACCACCGGGUUGUUUGGAUUUCGAAGUUGUGCUUGAAUUUGAUUCCAUGUAGGCAUGUUUGCUCUCUUUCAGUAAAAAUUUAAUCAAUUCCUCUUAAUUCUCAGUCAGCACUUUUUGUU